AUGGGUAUACCUUCUCCAAACUCACAUGCCGAACUUGCCAACACGCUUUUUAAAGAAGCACAGGAACUGAUGGCGAAGAAGGACGAUAUCGAGUCGCAACUCAAGGAUCUUCAGGAAGGUCUGAACAUGCAAGGCGUGGGCAUGGAUGUUCCUCUUGUGGAUCGUUCAGGAUUUCCGAGAUCUGAUGUCGACGUCGCCGCAGCCCGUACAUCACGCAAUUUAGUGUAUCGAUUACGGAACGAUUACAAAGCCAUUAUGCACGAGAUUGAACUUAAGCUUCAUGCCAUUCAUCAGGCCAAACGAGACGCACCGGAACGAUUGACGACGCAAGGUGUCGUCUUGGCCGAAGAAAUUCCAUUUGCCAAAGUGAAUGGUGUGGCCCCUGACUCACCUGCCGAUACAGCAGGAUUGAGACGAGGCGAUAGCAUUGUCCGCUUCGGUCACGUGCAUGCUCACAACAGCGAAGGACUGCAAGCAUUGAACCAGUUGGUACGUCAAAGUGAAGGCGCGCCUAUAGAAGUGGUUGUUUUGCGAUCGGAUGCACAAAGAGUAUCGUUAACGCUAACACCGCAGAGCGGUUGGGGCGGCCGUGGGACGUUGGGCUGUCACAUCGUGCCUAUCGCAUAA